CUACAGGCUACCGGCCUACCGCUAGCCCUCCGUGCCGUAUCAACCUUCGUUAAAAGAGCCCCAAACUCAGGAUCGAUGAUACUGCAAUGAAGCUUUGAGAUUAUAUGCUUCGAUUCAAUAGUUAGUCCCAAUUUUUUUGUUCAAUUGCAUGUCAACAGACACAAGGUCAUCCACUACGAACAUCAAUGAUCUGUAAUUUCUUAAUUCCAUAUCGUAUGGAUACACAUUUUAAUGCUCCCCAAAGAUGUCCUUGCAUCUGAGUACUCCGAGACAUCUCAGAAGAAUAUUUCUUUGUAUGGGCGCCGAUCGCUUGCAGUCCGUCAUCGCUUGAGCGCCGAUCGCGGGCAGGUGGGCAUAUGUUCCAAUCAUAGUUUUGAAUUGCCUCUCUCUUCAGCAUAGCUUACGCAGCUAAAGAAAGAAAAGCAGAAGACACCGCACCGCAUACACAAUCGACGGCGCUUGAAGAAUGCCGAGUGGCAGCAUUUCCCGGCAGGGUCGAGGGAGAUCAGCGUUUCCACAUCCAUUGCAAUUAGGGGCGCUUUUGAUGAUACUCGUACCCAAUUUCUUCCCCAGCCUCUUCUCUCCGCUGGGCCGAACUUACACUUCCCUGUUUUCCGAAUGGAAUGCUCCAAAGCCCAUGCACUUGCAUUUACUGAAUGGAGCAAUACAACACCACACAAUUUCCGAUGAACAAGAAUCUGAUAUGUGGUCUCCCUUGCCUAAUCAAGGGCGGAAACCCUGUGCUACAACACAGAACAAGCAACUUUUGCAAAGGAAGCCUCAGGCAUAUGUACAAGUGUUUCUUGAUGGGGGCUUGAACCAACAGAGAAUGGGGAUUUGUGACGCGGUAGCUGUGGCCAAAAUUUUAAAUGCAACCCUCAUAAUCCCAUACCUUGAAAUAAAUCCAGUAUGGCAAGACAUAAGUGCAUUUGAGGAUAUAUUUGAUAUCAAUCAUUUUAUCCACACAUUGAGGGAUGAUGUCACCAUAAUUAAAGAGCUACCAAGUGACUUUUCUUGGAGCACCAGGGAGUACUAUGCAACAGGCAUACGAGACACUAGAAUUAAAACAGCACCAGUGCAUGCUUCUGCUACUUGGUAUCUUGAAAAUGUUUUGCCAGUAAUGCAGAGACAUGGUAUUGUUGCUGUAGCUCCGUUCUCUCAUCGGUUAGCAUUUGAUGGCCUGCCUUCUGAAAUCCAGCAUCUGCGUUGUAAAGUCAACUUUCAGGCACUGGUUUAUGUUCCACAUAUCAGGACUUUAGGAGAUUUACUUGUCAGUCGGUUGAGAAGCAGACCUCAUAUCAUGGAUGGAACGUCAACCUCCAUAUUUGAAAGAGGAGACAAUUACAUACCCGGAGUUGGAAAAUAUGUCGUUUUGCAUCUUCGUUUUGACAAAGAUAUGGCAGCUCACUCAGCUUGUGAUUUCGGCGGAGGUAAAGCUGAGAAGCUUGCUCUAGCAAAAUAUCGCCAAUUGAUUUGGCAAGGAAAGGUUGUCAAAUCUCAGUUCACUGAUGAGGAAUUAAGAAACCAAGGUCGGUGCCCAUUGACUCCUGAAGAGAUUGGACUACUGUUGGCCGCCUUGGGUUUCAACAAUAGUACACGCCUUUAUCUUGCUUCCCACAAGGUUUAUGGGGGAGAAGCAAGGAUCUCAGCACUUCGACAGUUGUUCCCACUAAUGCAGGAUAAAAGAAGCCUUGCAUCUUCAGAGGAAUUGGCUGGGGUUGAAGGAAAAGCUUCUUUAUUAGCCGCUUUGGAUUAUCAUGUGAGCUUGCACAGUGACAUAUUCAUCUCUGCUUCUCCAGGCAACAUGCACAAUGCACUGGUGGGGCAUCGUGCAUUCAAGAACCUGAAGACCAUCAGACCGAACAUGAAACUUUUGGGCAAGCUGUUCCUAAAUAAGAGCUUGGGAUGGGCAGAGUUCCAGCAAGCCGUGCUGCAGGGUCACAGGAAUAGACAAGGGCAACUCCAGUUCCGCAAACAAAACCAAUCAAUAUACACUUAUCCUGCUCCUGAUUGUCUAUGUCCAGCUCCUGCUUAAACAAAAAACAAUCCCAUUGAGAAGGUUUUGUUUUCCUUUGCCGGAUAACACUGCUCCGAGCAUUGUAUAUUAAAACUUUUAUAUGUGUGUUUGUGUAUAGUUCUAUGAAGUUGCAGUUGCUCUGUGGUUUUGCCUUUCAAUUUAAGUAUUUAACAAUGUUUUCUACAAAAUUUGUAGAAAGGACUCAUUUUGAAGAAAGCAGUACAAUUGCCUAAGGGAUGAUAUUCGUAUUUUCUGAUUUUGUAAAACACUGAAUAUAUUACGUACAGACUAAUACUAAUGUGGGAUGAUUAAUCGAUUAUGCUAUUGAACUCAUGCAAACCAAA